UACCGUAUUUUUCGCUCCAUAAGAUGCACCUGACCAUAAGACAUGCCUAGGUUUUAGAGGACAAAAACAAGAAAAAAAUAUUCUGAACCAAUGGACUGCAGACACAGUACAGGAGAUGACCAGAGACUGCGGACACAGUACAGGAGAUGACCAGAGACUGCAGACACAGUACAGGAGAUGGACCAGAGACUGCAGACAUAGUACAGGAGAUGACCAGAGACUGCGGACAUAGUACAGGAGAUGACCAGAGACUGCGGACAUAGUACAG